AGAAAAACACAAAGACCAACCACAUGAACAACACACGGCAGUGUAACAUACAUGGUACGAAGUAGCAGUGGGAAAGUGAACUAGUGUUGGUGAGGACUUGGUUCCACUCCACCGCAUUCUCGCCAUGGAUUAUGGCGUCUCCAACCUCCGCAUCUUCUGCACUCUCCUUUUCCCUCUCUUAAUUCUCCUCCAGGCACUACCAGCGUCACCCACGGCUCAGAUUAACUCAAACUCAAUCCUCGUGGCGCUUCUCGACUCGCAUUACACCGAACUCGCAGAGCUCGUGGAGAAGGCCAUGCUGUUGCAGAAGCUAGAAGAAACCGUCGCAAACCACAAUAUAACAAUAUUCGCUCCAACCAACGAAGCUUUGGACCGAAACCUCCACCCCGAUUUCAAGCGGUUCCUCCUCGAACCCGCGAACCUUCACUCUCUUCAAACGCUUAUUCUGUUCCACAUCAUUCCCACGCAAAUCGGAUCCCAAACCCAAACCCUAGCCCGCCACGUCACAACUCUCUCCAAUCAAAACCUCCACCUCGCCGCAAACCUCACCGCCGUCGACCACGCCCGCGUCACCCGCCCCGACGCCAUGACCCGCCCCGACGGCGUCAUCCACGCCAUCGACCGCCUCCUCCUCCCCCGCGCCGUCGAGGACGACUUCAACCGCCGCCGCAGCCUCCGCUCCAUCUCCGCCGUCAAACCAGAGGGCGCCCCGGAGGUCGAUCCCAGGACUCACCGUUUGAAAAAGCCUCCGCCGCCGGCGCCACCGGGCUCCCCGCCUGCGCUUCCGAUCUACGACGCCAUGGCUCCGGGGCCCUCGCUGGCUCCGGCGCCGGCGCCGGGACCGGGGGGACCGCGGCACCACUUCAACGGCGAGAGGCAGGUGAGGGACUUUAUCCAAACGCUGCUCCACUACGGCGGGUACAACGAGAUGGCGGACAUUCUGGUGAAUCUGACGUCGUUGGCGACGGAAAUGGGUCGUUUAGUUUCAGAGGGUUACGUGCUCACCGUUUUGGCGCCGAACGACGAGGCGAUGGCGAAGUUGGCGACGGAGCAGUUGAGCGAACCGGGCGCGCCGGAGCAGAUAAUGUACUAUCAUAUAAUACCCGAGUAUCAAACCGAAGAGAGCAUGUACAAUGCCGUUAGAAGGUUCGGGAAGGUUCGCUAUGAUACUCUGAGGUUGCCGCAUAAGGUGGUGGCGCAGGAGGCUGAUGGGUCGGUUAAGUUCGGGCUUGGAGACGGAUCGGCUUAUUUGUUCGACCCGGAUAUAUAUACCGACGGUCGGAUCUCGGUUCAGGGGAUUGAUGGGGUUUUGUUUCCGAUGGAGGAAGAGGCGGAGCGGGUUAAACCCGUUACCCGGACGGGUCAACCCGCCGCCAAAGUUGUUAAGCACAGGAGAGGGAAAUUGCUGGAAACAGCUUGCUGGAUGCUUGGAACCUUUGGACAGCAUUCUAGAUUCGCCUCUUGUCAAUGAAGAAAUCCACAAUUUUCUGGCUAGCAUGAUUCCUGAAAACAAUGAAAUCCAGUGGAAAUUUCGUCGAUGUAAAAAGUAAAAAAUGAAGGCCAUCUUGCUUGAAUGGGGUAUAGCCAGCUGCUAGUGGUGUGAAUUUUCCCACAUUUUUGUUUUUCUCUUUUUUUUUUCUCCAUUAUUUUCUUUUCGUGGAUUUGGGUCCUGGACGAGCGAGCAAAAGCCUUCUUUAGUCUACUCGUCAUAUCAUAUAGUGCAUAUAUGUUUAGAUUCAGUUACUACUGCUGCUCCAAUUUCAUAGGUGGUUUGUGUUGCUGGGGGGUACGAAAGUUUUUUUUUUUUUUUUUUUUUUUGUAACCAAACAAGGAAUCUUUCUGUUAGACAUGUGCCCAUUCAAUAAGUAAUUCUACGGAAGAAAUGAAUAUACCAUAAUAAAAUGAUUCUUUACUGUAAUGAGA